GCAGGAAACCCUCAACACUGGAACUAAAACCCAGCUUUGGCGUAUUUGCAAGAAAUCCCAAAAAUGUGAAACAGAGAAACUGCUCGGACAAUUGACACAAUUCUGCAUAGAAUUGCUGCAGCCAUCGGCAGUUAUUUGCAAUACACAAUGUGGACACAUAUUUCAUUUGGAAUGUUUGACUCGUUGGCUGCAAAGCAAACAAUCAUGUCCGCAAUGUCGAAGAGAUGUUACUGCAAACGAAAUAAACAGGGUUUAUUUAAAUUUUAUGAAUAAUGAUGGAGCCGAAGAUGUGAUCGAAAGAUUGAGAAGCAGAGUGGAAUGUUUGGAGCAGGAAUUGGCCCUAAAACAAAAGGAGCUGAUUAGUCAGAACUUAAAGGCAAAUACCUUAGAUAAGCAGGUUCGGGGUCUUCGUAGAGAGGGCAUAAAAUGGAAAGAAGAAAGAUUAUUGUUGAAAAGUACAAUUUGCUCACAGCAAAAACAAGCACAGUUGAUAUUUAAGGACAUGGAAAAAUUGAGAAAAAACCUCGAAUUAUACCGCAAUGUAAAAUUUUUGGUGAAUUGUGCUGUCGAUGAUAUCAAAGAAAUCUUCAGUGAGACAGAAUCUCGUGAAACUUUAAUUACUUAUAUCAAAGUUAUGAAACUGAGGACGCUGAAAUUACAACAAUCCGUUAUGUCGAUAUCUCACGAGCGAGACUUAUUGUCUAAUCAGCUACAUCAAAAAAAAUCGAUGCCUGAAAUGUUUCCCGCAGCAAUGAAGGCAAAAAAGCCCAAAUUGGAAGAAAAAUCUAUGGACGAGAAAUUUAUAAUUGAUCUGACAUAAAUAUAAAUUAAAAUACUUGUUUUUGCUUUUUUCUUCGUAAUAAUUUCGGACUGAAAGCUUUGAUCUAAAACCACGCCUAUAAUUAAAUUAAAGCUCAUAAGUGUAUUCAAUACUAAGAAUAUUUUUAGAUUUAAAUGAAUUUAACUUUGUACUGAUUGCCAUCCUAAAUUUC